UCAACCAGCCAGACAGUGAGCAGGGGCCUCCAAUUCCACAACGAGGAGAUCCCGGGCCCCAGCCGCCCGCUCCUGCCGCCUCGGACUGCUCUUGAGGAUGAACCAGCUUUGCCCCUGGGCACGAUGCGCCCUUCUCCACACAGCCAGCGCUGGGGGAGUCCUCGCCGGUGCCUUCUUGGUCCUGGGCUGCUGGGGGCUGUCGGACUUCCAGCAGAGCUUUCUGCAGGCUCUGGAGCCCAAGGAGGUGUCCUCUUACUUUGGCGCUGAUGCAGCCUUCGAAGUGCCCCGAUUCACCGUGGCUCCACUCACCUGCGCCUGCAAGGACCAGCUCCAGACACGGCCCUGCAGGGCCCUGCGCUGCUCCCUGAGUGCCCCAGGAGUGCCCUUCAUCUUCUCCUUCCGGGCCAAGCAGGGCCUCUUGGCUACUUCCUUCAUCCAAGAGCGCUUGGUGAACACCUCCCUCCAACUGCUAAAGGAGCCCCUCAGCCAAUGCUUCGUAGGGGAACGUGCCCUGCUGCCCCCUGGCACAGUGGCCAGGAUCAUGUACUGCUCAGGCUACUUGGAGGGCGACAUCCAGGUGGGCUCAGGCAGACUGUAUGUCCAGCCAGUGAAGAGGAAGCACUGGACGCUGGUGCCUCCCCGGAAGGGGGCCCUGCCCCACCUGAUCCACAGGCCUGCCACCCUGGGGUUUGCAAAAGAUGGGGACCUGGAGCCUCAAAGGUGGGACAUGGCUGCUCCAAGAUCACAUGGCUCAAGGGCACGGCAGAGAUCUGCAGCCUCCCAGGCCUGGCUGGCGCCCUCCACCAGGCUGCAUCAGGGAGAUCCUGCCCCUGGACUCUGGAGACAGAGACGAAGACGGAGAUGGGGACGGGCAGCAAGGGGCAUCCUGCACCUGGAGCUGCUGGUGGCCGUGGGCCCUGAUGUCCACCACGCUCACCAGGAAGACACCGAGCGCUACAUGCUCACCAACCUCAACAUCGGAUCCAAGCUGCUGAGGGACCCCUCCCUGGGGGUGCAGGUCCAAGUGCACCUGGUAAAGCUGCUCAUCCUUACAGAGCCCAAGGGAACCCCAAAUAUCACUGCCAACAUCACCUCAUCCCUGCUGAGCGUCUGUGAGUGGAGCCGGUCAGUCAACCCUGCUGACGACAGGGAUCCUGGGCACGCAGACCUGGUCCUCUAUGUCACCAGGUUUGACCUGGCGCUGCCUGAUGGCAGUCGGCAGGUGCAGGGUGUCACCCAGCUGGGGGGCGCCUGCUCACCCUCCUGGAGCUGCCUCAUCACUGAGGACACUGGCUUCGAUUUAGGGGUCACCAUCGCCCAUGAGGUCGGGCACAGCUUAGGCCUGGAACACGAUGGGGCGCCUGGCAUCGGCUGCGGGCCCAGUGGACAUGUGAUGGCAUCGGACGGCAUGGCCACCACCCACAGGGACCCCGUGUGGUCCCCCUGUAGCCGCAGGCAGCUGCAGCGGCUGCUUAGCACAGGGAAGGUACGCUGCAUGUGGGAUCCGCCAAGGUCACCUUGGGGACCCAUGGGGCACCUGCCUGACGCACAGCCCGGCCUCUACUACGGCGUGGAUGAACAGUGCCAGGUCGCCUUUGGCCCAGCUGCUGUUGCCUGCACCUUUGCCAGGGAGGGGCUGGACAUGUGCCAGGCCUUGUCCUGCCACACAGACCCCCUGGACCAAAGCAGCUGCAGCCGCCGCCUUGUCCCUCUCCUGGACGGCACAGAAUGCGGCGUGGAGAAGUGGUGCUUCAAGGGUCGCUGCCGCUCCCUGGCGGAGCUGACGCCGGUGGCAGCUGUCCACGGGUGCUGGUCCAGCUGGGGCCCCAGCAGUCCUUGCUCCCGCUCCUGUGGAGGCGGUGUGGCCACCAGGAGGCGGCGGUGUGACAACCCCAGGCCCGCCUUUGGGGGCCGUGCCUGCACCGGGGCUGAUUUACAGGCCGAGAUGUGUAACACUCAGGCCUGCGAGAAGACCCAGCUGGAGUUCAUGUCCGAGCAGUGUGCCCAGACGGACAGCCAGCCACUGCCCCUCUCCCAGGGGGGCGUCACCUUCUACCACUGGGGUGCCGCCGCGCAGUACAGCCAAGGGGACGCUCUGUGCAGACACGUGUGCUGGGCUAUCGGGGAGAGCUUCAUCGUGAGGCGUGGAGACAGGUUCCUGGACGGGACCCGGUGUGUGCCCAGUGGCCCCCAGGAGGACGGGACCCUGAGCCUGUGUGUGCUGGGCAGCUGCCGGACAUUUGGCUGUGACGGCAGGAUGGACUCUCGGCAGGUGUGGGACGUGUGCCGGGUGUGCGGAGGGGACAACAGCACAUGCAGCCCCCGGAAUGGCUCUUUCACAGGGGGCACAGCCAGAGAAUAUGUCACGUUCCUGACAGUCACUCCCAACAUGACCGGUGUGCACAUCGUCAACCGCAGGCCCCUCUUCACGCACUUGGCGGUCAGGAUCCAAGGGCGCUACGUGGUAGCUGGGGAAGCCGGCAUCGCGCCCAACACCACCCACCCCUCCCUCCUGGAGGACAGCCGUGUGGAGUACAGAGUGGCCCUCGCUGAGGACCAGAUGCCCCGCCUUGAGGAGAUCCGCAUCCAGGGGGCCGUCCAAGAAGACAUGGAGAUCCAGGUGUACAGGCGGUACGGCGAGGAGUACGGAGACCUCACCCGCCCGGACAUCACCUUCACCUACUUCCAGCCCAAGCAGCAGGCAGCAUGGGCGUGGGCCGAGGAGCGCGGGCCCUGCUCGGUGAGCUGUGGGGCAGGACUGCGCUGGGUGUCCUACCGCUGCCUGGACCAGGCCCAGAACAUGUGGGUGGAGGCCAGCUUGUGUCAAGGGAGCCCCAAACCCCCUGCCUGGCCAGAGCCCUGUGUCCCCGCAACCUGUCCUCCGCGGCAGGAGGUGUCAGAGCCUGACCUGUGCACAGCGGCGGGCUGUGGAGCCCGCCCAGCCUCCCCCAACAUGACGUGCGUGCAGGAGGCGGAUGGCCUGGGCUCCUCAGCAACUGUAGGGCCCUGCACCACCCACAAGAUGCCACCUGCUGGCAAGCCCUGUGUCGGGAUGGCGUGUCCUCCAGUCUGGGCUCAGCCCUCGGCCAACUCCACAGAGGACACUGCUACUGCCAAGAAGCCUGCAGAGGCCAAGCUGCAUCCCACAGCUCCAGAGGAGGAGGCUCCUGCUGCACACGUGUGGACACCUGUGCCCGGGCUGUGCUCCGUCUCCUGUGGGCAAGGACUGAUGGAGCUGAGCUUCCUGUGCAUGGACUCUGUCCUCCAGACGCCUGUCCAGGAGACACUGUGUGACUUGGCCAGCAGGCCUGGGAGCCGGUGGGAGGUGUGCCAGGCUGGCCCAUGUCCCCCUCAGUGGGAGGCCCGGGCCCUGGCACCGUGUCCAGCAACCUGCGGUGGGGGGCGGGUGCCCCUGGCCAUACGCUGCGUGAGAGUGGAGCACAACCGCCCUGUCCCUCUGCCUCACUCCGAAUGCUGGCCCGCCCCACAGCCCAGCCCCUUCCAGGACUGCAGCCCAGAGCCCUGCCCGGCCAGGUGGAAAGUCCUGUCCCUUGGCCCAUGCUCAGCCAGCUGUGGCCUUGGCACUGCGACACGCGUGGUGGCCUGUGUGCAGCUGGACCGGGGCCGGGACGCCGAGGUAGACGAGGCAUCCUGUGUGGCUUUGGUGCGGCCACAGGCCAGUGUGCCCUGUUUCGUCGCUGACUGCGCCUACCGGUGGCACGUCAGCCCCUGGAUGGAGUGCUCUGUCUCCUGUGGGGACGGCAUCCAGCGCCGGCAUGGCACCUGCCUUGGACCCCAGGGCCAGGCACCUCUGCCACCCAGCUUCUGCCAGCACUUGCCCAAGCCAGCAACGGUGCAAGGGUGCUGGGCCGGGCCCUGUAUGGGGCAGGGGGCCCCCAGCCUGAUGCCCCAGAAGGAUACCACCACUUCAGGCCCGACCAUGGCUGCCGCUGCUGGUGCCGCUCUGGCGUGGCCCCUGACUCCAGCCAGGGCCCGCCUCACCGCCCCAGUGUCUCAGCCUCCGGGGCCCCAGGACAGCCCAGCAGAGUCCAGUACCUGUGGCAGGCAGCACCUGGAGCCCACGGGAACUAUCAACAUGAGAGGCUCCGGCCAGGCGGACUGUGUGGUGGCCAUUGGGAGGCCCCUGGGGGAGGUGGUGGUGCUCCAGGUCCUCGAGAGUUCCCUCAACUGCAGCGCAGGGGAGUCGUUGCUGCUCUGGGGCCGGCUCACCUGGAGGAAGGUGUGCAGGAACCUGGCAGGAAAGACUUUUGGCUCCAAGACCAACACCCUGGUGGUGAGACAGCACUGCCUGCGGCCCGAGGGCGGAGUGGUGCUGCGGUAUGAGAGCCAGCCUGCCCCGGAAGCCUUCCACGGAGAAUGCGACACGCAGCUCUUCGGACCCCGGGGUGAGAUUGUGCGCCCCCUACUGAGUCCAGACGGGAGGACCGCAGGCGGCUGCAGGAUCUUCAUCAGCGUGGCUCCGCAGGCCCGCAUCGCCAUCCACGUCCUGGCCAACGGCGUGGGCGCUGGGGCCAAUGGCAGCUCCAUCUCAAUCCGGGACGCCCACAGCACGAGGACCACAACCCUCCAUGGGCAGCAGGCCCUCUACUGGGAGUCAGAGGGCAGCGAGGCGGAGGUGGAGAUCAGCAAGGACUUCCUGGAGGGGCAUGCUCGCCUUCGAGGCCACUACUGGACCCUCCCCUCGAGGGUGCUGGAGGGAGACCCUGUCUUAGGGGUCUCUCCAAGCAGCAGAAGGGAAGGGAGGGCGCCUGACACUUCCUGAGCCCAUCAGGUGUCCUGUCAAGCCUGGAAGUGCGUUCCAGCUCCGACUUAUGCAGGUCUCAGGGAUUCUCCUUGAGAGUCCUCUCCAGUGUGCAGAAACCUAGGGGUGGGAGGUGGAGGGCUGAGGAGAGCGCUCCAGCCUCUCAGGUACCAAUAAAGGAAACAGGAGGCCUGACCGGCCUUUCUUCAGGUGAACUGUCCAAGCCUGGCUUGACACGGGCCCUGCCUCAGGGCAGGGUUUCCCUGGGUGUAAUCGGAUUA